AACAGAGAUCUCACACUGUAUACCAAUACCGGAGAUCCUAGGUGGGGUGAAGGAUGGACAGGAGUGCCCUUCAAACACUCCUCGACCUUCUCCACUCUCUCGCUCGAUCCCCUGCUCAAGUCCACCAUUCUCAGAGAUCUCGACCGCUUUAACAGAGGACGUGUCUUCUAUAGAAGAAUUGGCCGUUCUUGGAAGCGGGGCUACCUUCUUCACGGACCUCCUGGAACACGGAAGUCAAGCCUUAUCGCUGCCAUUGCCAACCACAUGAGAUACGAUGUCUACGAUCUAGAGCUCACGCAAGUGCGUGAUAACAUCGAUCUCCGCGCGCUUCUCACCCAGACCAAAGAAAAAUCUCUGAUUGUUAUUGAGGACAUCGAUUGCUCGCUCAAUCUGGCUCCGAGGGGUUCAUUUCCUAGUCUAGGUGAUCAAGAAGACCAAAACAAUAGCAGCUUGACGUUGUCUGGUUUGCUCAACUUCACAGACGGGUUGUGGUCGUGCUGUGGGGAGGAGCACAUCAUUGUGUUUACAACGAAUCACAAGGAAAUGCUUGAUCCUGCCCUUCUCAGAAGUGGGCGGAUGGACAUGCACAUCCUGCUCUCCUUCUGCACUUUCCCCGUUUUCAAAUCUCUUGCCUUUAAUUAUUUACAGGUUGAGGAGCAUCCUCUGUUUGCAGCUGUGGAGGAGAAGAUGAAUUCUCAGAAAUGACUAGUGCAGAAAUUAUUGAGGUUUCGAUGAAUAAAGUGAAGAGUCCUUCUGAAGCGCUGAAUGAUGUGAUUUGUGCUCUGAAUGCCAAGAUUAAGGAAAAUGGGGAAAUGCUUCCAGUUUUACCCAAAUCUUGUGGAGAUGUGGAAGUGGAGUCUCAAACCACCGACAAAAGAAAACAUUGUCGCAAGCGGUGUUCGAGGAAAAGGCGAAAAAAAUGCAGAGGCUGCAGGUCCAUUGAAUUCCAUAUCUUCAACUGAGUAGAAUAUCUGUGUCAACUGGAGACACUUUGUACAGCUGUAACUCUAUUAUUUUUCUACCUUGAGAACUGUCAUUAUUUUUUUGGAAUCAACUUUGUUAAUAAAAAAAUUGGAGACACACUAUUGUGAAGGCCUUCCGUAGCUCCCGAAUUUCAUGUCCUUGUUGAGCUGUCGUGUUGGCAGGUGUGGACCUCAUCAAAAAAAAUUAUUUUAGCC